UACACCUCCUUAAAACCUUGAAUAGGGUUUUCUCCUUCCUCUACAGAUAAGAGUUUGAGAUCUUCAAACCUCUCUUUCUCUAUAUCUAAAAUGGCUCCUGCUUUGAGUAGAAGCCUCUACACGAGCCCUCUGACCUCAGUUCCAUUCACUCCAGCUUCUUCUCCUCGAAACCAACCUCGCCUCUCUCAUCUCCGAACCGCGUUUCUCCCUCGCGGCGGCGGUUUGAGAACCGGCGUUUCUUGUAGCUGGAACCUCGAGAAGAGAUGUAACCGCUUCGCCGUCAAGUGCGACGCCGCCGUGGCGGAGAAAGAGACGACUGAUGAAGAAGGGUCCGGUGAGAAGUUUGAGUACCAAGCCGAGGUUAGCAGAUUGUUGGAUUUGAUUGUUCAUAGCUUGUACAGUCACAAGGAAGUUUUCCUCAGGGAGCUUGUGAGUAACGCAAGUGAUGCGUUGGAUAAGCUGAGGUUCUUGAGUGUGACGGAGCCUGCUAUGCUUGGAGAUGGUGGUGACCUUGAGAUCCGUAUCAAGCCUGAUCCUGAUAACGGCACCAUAACCAUUACUGAUACUGGGAUUGGAAUGACUAAGGACGAACUUAUAGACUGCCUUGGAACUAUUGCUCAGAGUGGUACUUCCAAAUUCUUGAAGGCUCUUAAGGAAAACAAGGACCUUGGUGCUGACAACGGUUUGAUAGGACAGUUUGGUGUUGGGUUUUACUCUGCUUUCUUAGUUGCUGAAAAGGUUGUUGUGUCCACCAAAAGCCCCAAAUCUGACAAGCAAUAUGUUUGGGAGUCGGUAGCUGAUAGUAGCUCAUAUGUGAUCAGAGAAGAAACCGACCCUGACAACUUUCUACGCCGUGGAACGCAAAUUACUUUGUAUCUAAGGGAGGAUGAUAAAUACGAAUUUGCGGAGUCUACAAGAAUCAAGAACCUUGUGAAGAACUACUCUCAGUUCGUUGGGUUUCCCAUCUACACAUGGCAGGAGAAAUCAAGGACUGUUGAGGUUGAAGAGGAAGAACCAGCUAAGGAAGGAGAAGAAGAGGGUGAGCCCAAGAAGAAGAAGACUACUAAAACUGAGAAGUACUGGGAUUGGGAACUAGCCAAUGAAACCAAACCAUUAUGGAUGCGAAACUCAAAGGAAGUGACAAAGGAGGAGUACAAUGAGUUUUACAAGAAGGCAUUCAAUGAGUUCUUGGAUCCACUCGCUCACACACACUUCACAACUGAGGGAGAGGUUGAGUUCAGGAGCAUUCUAUACAUCCCUGGGAUGGGUCCUCUUAACAACGAGGACGUCACCAACCCGAAGACAAAGAACAUUCGUCUCCAUGUCAAGCGUGUGUUUAUCUCUGAUGACUUUGAUGGAGAGCUGUUCCCAAGAUACUUGAGCUUUGUGAAGGGUGUUGUGGACUCAAAUGAUCUUCCUCUCAACGUCUCACGUGAAAUUCUCCAAGAAAGCAGAAUCGUAAGAAUCAUGAGAAAGAGGCUCAUUAGGAAGACUUUCGACAUGAUUCAAGAAAUCUCCGAGAGUGAAAACAAAGAGGAUUACAAAAAGUUCUGGGAGAACUUUGGUAAAUUCAUUAAACUGGGUUGUAUUGAAGACACUGGCAACCACAAGCGUAUCACACCGCUGCUUAGAUUCUACAGUUCCAAGAACGAAGAGGAGUUGACAAGCUUGGAUGAGUACAUCGAGAACAUGGGAGAGAACCAAAAGGCUAUCUACUACCUUGCCACCGACAGCCUCAAAAGUGCCAAGUCAGCUCCGUUCCUGGAGAAGCUCAUUCAAAAGGACAUUGAGGUUCUAUACUUGGUUGAACCUAUCGAUGAAGUUGCUAUUCAGAACUUACAAACCUACAAGGAAAAGAAGUUUGUUGAUAUCAGCAAAGAAGAUUUGGAACUUGGUGAUGAAGAUGAAGUCAAGGAUAGGGAAGCUAAACAAGAGUUCAAUCUUCUCUGUGACUGGAUGAAGCAACAGCUCGGUGACAAAGUUGCCAAAGUCCAAGUCUCGAAUCGUUUGAGCUCUUCUCCCUGUGUGCUUGUCUCAGGCAAAUUCGGGUGGUCGGCUAAUAUGGAAAGGUUAAUGAAGGCACAAGCUCUUGGAGACACUUCAAGCUUGGAGUUUAUGAGAGGUAGGAGAAUCCUUGAGAUCAAUCCAGAUCAUCCUAUCAUCAAAGACUUGAAUGCGGCUUGUAAGAAUGCACCUGAGAGCAGUGAAGCAACUAGAGUGGUUGAUCUCUUGUUUGACACUGCUAUAAUCUCGAGUGGAUUCACUCCUGAUAGUCCAGCCGAGCUGGGGAACAAGAUUUAUGAGAUGAUGGCUAUGGCUGUUGGAGGAAGAUGGGGACGCGUUGAAGAAGAAGGAAGCAAGAAUGUGAAUGAAGGAGAUGACACAAAAGAUGGAGAAGCAGAAGUAAUUGAACCAUCUGAAGUCAGGGCAGAGAGUGAUCCGUGGCAAGACUGAUUCAAACCUUUCUUUUUUUAGUCUUCUACAGUGUUUUUUUGACACAAAAUGCUUUGCUAAACUAGGAUUCUCUUCCUUGUGUUGGGCCUUGGGUGAUAUCAUUGGCCUAGUUAAACCUCGUUAUUGGAGAUUAUGCAAUAUUCCUCUUAUAGACAAAAUUCAAUUACCAUAUAUUCCCCUAAGAA